AUGCAAUCGUUUGAAAGUAAAAAUCCCAUUCCUCAGUGCAACCUUUUGAACGAACCCUUUGAAGUUUUCUCUAAGGGACAUGCUUUGGUGGAAAAGCUCAGCAUGCAGCUUGCAACACCGGCCAAGCAGUCCGAUGUGUCUGGCGAGGACUGUGUUCUUGCAGCCUCGCUUCUUGAGAACAUGGCUGGUCUUUUGCUGCAAGCUCGCCUGUCCGUUCUAGUUUCAGUCUUUGUGCACUUGCUUCUGCUUCAUAUCACAACAAACAAGCUAUUCAAUAGUUUGUUAAAAAAGUUAGUUUGCGGCCAUCCAGCUGACAAUGAGCAGAAUAGCAAUGCCGAUUGUGCAGCUGGCCAGGAGCCGGAUUGGUGGUGCCAGCUUCAGCAGCUCGGUUCCGUUCUGGGCACUUCAGGAGCUGCCUUUGCAAUUUGGUGCCGCAGUGCUGGUUCGUCUUGCUCGUUGACAUUGCAAGAGAACAAGGAUCUUAUUGCAUGCAUUGCAAGCAACUUGAAAGAGAUCUUGCAAGCAUUGGGUCACUACAAUUCAGCAUCUCCCAAGCCCAUCCAAAACUUACAGUCGAGUUCAAUUACUUCAAAAUAUUCCACGGGAACAAAGCCGCCUAUCAACGACGUGCUGGUUGAUUGGCCCGCCUUGUCAAAUUUAAUGAUCCGUGAGGAUGUGGGAGAAAUCGCAUCAUUCUGCUUGUUGCAAUCAAGUAAUGCUGUGGAGAGCCUCAUCGAGUUCUAUAAAAGCGGCAAAACCGAUGCACAAACAUCUGCGUCUGUCAGGGUCAUGGAACUUCUUUGUUCCAAGCCGUCUUUGAUCUUCAUAGCGCAGCAUGGUUCAGCGCCUGGGGCCGACUCUAUAAUCAAGAAGUUCUUCGAUGCUCCGAAGCCCGCAUUUAUCUCAGCCUACAUGAAUCCAACUCACCUUCUUUGUGAAGUUUUGUGUCACAAAAAGCUCGACCUUAUGGAGUUUCCAAUUCUUCCUCAUUGUCAAGAGUUAGCGGCUCAUCGAGUGGAAUGCUUAGCUACGUACAACAUGUUGGCCUUGCUCAAGACUCACAACGAGACAAACAGAAGUAGCUCAAUUACGACAAUUCUUUGCGACGCCGUCUACUUGACCAGUCUCAAUAUUCACCUUUCUCAUGAGGAUAAUUUCAAUUUUUGUGGUCCUUUCGAAACAAUUUUCGUAAACUCCGAUCUUCCUCCGGUUGCCCGGAAAAAUUACUUCUACGCUAGUACAUACCCUUGCUCCAUAUCUUCAUUAUCCGAGCAAUUGAAGCUUAAAAAUUUUGUCCUGUUACUUGCGUCUACUAUCGGCUGCCUCUUUCGUGCUUUACAGCCCUUGAUUAGCCAGGAAUUCCUUGAGGAAGAAUUCGGGGAAGCUGCUACUGUUUUGGAGCAUAAAUUAAAAAUGACUCGAGUGGAGAAAAUAUUUGCCGCAGUUGUAGCGGCAUUUCUGUCUCUCGAAGCUUCAGGAGAUUCUCCUCUCGCAGAAUUCGUCAAAAGAGAUGGCAUAGCAGUUUUGAGGAAGAUUUUGCAAAGCCUUCGUACUCAAAGAGAAGAGCCCUCGACUUAUAAAGAAGUGGUUUGGAUUCCAAUUUUCAAUUUGGCUAACGAUAUUUGUUUUAGCGACAUCCUGUUGGCACCAGCUGUCUUGAAGAUCUUUGAACGUUUUGCAGAAGAUCUAAAUCUAGAAAACAAUGAGGGAGUCAUAUCUUCAGCCUUGUCUCAAUUGUUCUCAACAUUCGACGACGGCACCGAGGACUAA